UCCUAUCACCAAGCACAAUAUUCCCUCAAAAUUAAUGGCUCUACCUCAAACCAAAUCCCUCUUUCUCCUCUUUCCACUGUUGGUAUCUCCCUUCAUUCCUACCAUUUUCGGUGAAAACCCUAGCGAGUUCUCAAAAACCAUCGAUGUCCCGGAAGAACCGAUGCGUCGCCAAAAACUCACUUCCCUGCAUUUCUACUUCCACGAUAUUGUAAGCGGUCGCAAUGCAACUGCGGUUCCCGUAACUAAACCCCCUAACCCUUCAUCUUUUUUCGGUGUUAUCAUGAUGAUGGAUGAUCCGCUAACAGAAGGUCCGGACCCGAACUCGAAGCCCGUGGGCCGUGCACAAGGGAUGUAUGCAAGUGCUGCUUUAGAGGAGCUUGGAUUCAUGCAGGCUAUGAACCUGUAUUUUACUGCAGGUAAGUACAACGGAAGCGUGUUAACGGUUCUCGGGCGCAACGCCCCGAUGCACCCGAUAAGGGAGAUGCCUGUUAUUGGAGGUAGUGGGCUGUUUAGGUUUGCUACAGGUUAUGCACUGGCUAGGACGCAUUGGGUUGAUUUGAAGACUGGGGAUGCGAUAGUGGAGUACAAUGUUACUGUUAUGCAGUCGAGUCCAGUCCUUGUGGGUUGAUUAGGGUUAUGGGCUUAUGUGCUCGUAGUAGCAUAGUUUAAUUUUCAUGUUGAUCCGUUAUAAAUUUUAUUAUGUUUACUAGUUGGAUCCCGGUACUCGGUUGCUUACUUGUUGCGUUGGAGAUCCAUAACUGGACAUAUAUCCAGUUAAGACUUGGCACUUAUCAUCUCUAACCUUUUUUUAAUUAGCAUUUAAUUGUUUUUUUUUUCUUGUGAAAUAAACCAAUCUCUAUGUUAUA